AGAGAGAGAGAUCUGCAAAGAGGAGGCAAGGUCCCGAAAUCUAUGGACUGGGACAGCAAAGAUGUGGCCUACGAAGAGAAAGUUCUGGAGAAUCAGAAGGCCUUUCAAUGGUGGUUCUAAAUCCCUCCAGCAAAGCCCAUCUAUCUUUACAGCUCACCCGUCUCCAUCUACACCACCCCCCAACCCCUCCCGGCCCAGAUCAGGCAGCGGGGUCGCCCUCUCCAGGAAUUUCAGAGCAGCUAACACUGGAGGCGCCGGCGAGCCUGGAGAGGGAGGAGUUCACUAAAUUGUGUUGGAUGUAAGGCGUCGAGGACCAGAGGAAUUAAUCCGAUGUGGUGAAGGCGGACGGGGCUAUGAGGAAAAAAGAGGGGGCAAUGUACACUCAGCUUUUUCGUCACUCGGCAGGGAGAUGGAUGGUUUUCCGGACCGGGCGUCCCAGCGCCCCGGCUAGCUAUAGGGAGACGUCAGAGCGCUCCGGUCCGCGGUAGAAGAGCCCCCAGCUCCCCCCGCCCGGGCUUCCAUAUAAAGUAGGGGCCCUAGUGGAGGCCGCAGCAGUAGCACCAGCGGCUGCGGCGGCGGAGCUCCUCUGAGGUCCGGGUCACCAGUCGCUGCUCUGCCAGUAGGGCGCACAACCCAGCCUCGCCCAGCCUCUCCGCCGCGCUCCAAGGGCUUCCCGUCGGGACCAUGCGCGGCCGCGAGCUCCCGCUGGUCCUACUGGUGCUCGUCCUCUUCCAGGCGCCCCGGGGGCGAGCGGUCCCGCUGCCUGCGGGCGGAGGGACCGUGCUGACCAAGAUGUACCCGCGCGGCAACCACUGGGCGGUGGGGCACUUAAUGGGGAAAAAGAGCACAGGGGAGUCUUCUUCUGUUUCUGAGAGAGGGAGCCUAAAGCAGCAGCUGAGAGAGUACAUCAGGUGGGAAGAAGCUGCAAGCAAUUUGCUGGGUCUCAUAGAAGCAAAGGAGAACAGAAACCACCAGCCACCUCAACCCAAGGCCCUGGGCAAUCAGCAGCCUUCGUGGGAUUCAGAGGAUAGCAGCAACUUCAAAGAUGUAGGUUCAAAAGGCAAAGUUGGUAGACUCUCUGCUCCAGGUUCUCAACGUGAAGGAAGGAACCCCCCCAGCUGAACCAGCAAUGACAAUGAUGGCCUCUCUCAAAGGAGAAAAACAAAACCCGUAAGAGACUGCGUUCUGCAAGCAUCAGUUCUACGGAUCAUCAACGAGAUUUCCUUGUGCAAAAUAUUUGACUAUUCUUGUAUCUUUCAUCCUUGACUAAAUUCGUGAUUUUCAAGCAGCAUCUUCCGGUUCGAACUUGUUUGCUGUGAACAAUUGUCGAAAAGAGUCUUCCAAUUAAUGCUUUCUACAUCUAGGCUACCUGUUGGUUAGAUUCAAGGCCCCGAGCUGUUACCAUUGACAAUAAAAGCUUAAACACA